AUGGAGGUUGGUUUACGCGUUGUUCGUGGCCCCGAUUGGAUGUGGGGUGAUCAAGACGGAGGCGAGGGAAAUGUUGGCACAGUCGUCCAUCUUGGCGGCGACGGAAACUUCCCUGAAGACACUGUUUUGGUGUAUUGGGAUACUGGAAGGCAGGCGAACUAUCGGGCAGGAUAUUCUGGAAAGUUUGAUCUACGAAUCUUCGACAGCGCUCAAACUGGCAAGUGAAUUAUUAAUUGAUGUAAGAAUUCAGAAAUACAUGCGAAAGUUAAAGAGAAAGACGUGGACUAACAACUUGCCAUGCUAUGCUAGAGCGAGUUGAACGAUGUUGUUUAUAUUUUUGAAAGUGUUGCAACGCCAAUCAGACCCGGAAUUCUAUCUGAUAUUCGUCGAUCCCCUUUGUAAAAGCGGAUUCGAAGGCCAAUAUUCGAUCGAAUUUAAGGGCUACGUGAGAUAAACGUUCUCCACUUCAUGACUACUACGACUUGAAGGCGGAAUCGAGAUCACAAGUAACCAUCGACCAUAUUUUUGUCCAAACAAAUGACUGAAGAAGUUGUUGAUCUUAAUAUCCUCAGUCCUAGAUACUUGAAUUUGUAUAUUCCACAUACUAAAGUUUAUUACGAACGUUUUUUUGUGUAAUAAAUGUGAGUUUUCUUGUGGUGAUGGCAAAUUUAAGCAUCUUGCAUACCACAGGAAAACAAUUGUAAAGGGAUGUAAUGAAAAUAACUCAAGUGAGUGAUAUUUGACUCACAUUUGUUCAGUAACUUUCCUUGUAAGUUAAAUUAAUUAUGAAGGCCGCAUAUUGCUGAAUAUUAGGUUUCAUAGCGAGGUCUUUCGAAUGCAUCACUAACAAGUAGAGGAUAGAAAUUGAGACACAACGAUUUGAAUUAUUAUACUUGUACUGCCGUUUAACAGGUUUAAAGCACCCUCAUGUUACAUGUGAUGGUUGUAAGCAAGCCCCCCUAGCUGGAAUACGAUACAAGUGUGCUAACUGUCCAAACUAUGAUUUGUGUUCGACUUGUUUUGGAAAUGAUGUUCAUGAUAUGCAGCAUGAAUUUUUGCGAUUUGAUCAAGUUCCUCAACAAAAUGGGUGAGUCUCCCCUGCAUCACUCUUUCUCCUCAGCUCUCUAGUUGCCUCUUGUUCCCUCAUCUAUUUUUAAGUUUUAAUCAUACUUUAUCUUUUUCCUUUCCUCCAUUUUUCCCUUUUCCCUCCCUUCCCUGAGAGCCCCUACUUGAAGUAUACUUAACCCUUUCACUCCCAAGAUCUCAUUAGUAAUUCUCCUUACUAACUGUUGUACAAUUCUUAUGAUUUUAGUUCUGAGAAUUUGUUACUGAGUCAACUGAUAAUCCCCUAAUUGAUACUUCUCCUUAUUCUUAUCAUUUGUCGGCUUGAAAUCCUACGGGUAUCGUAAAGAGAAACUCUGUCUUGGUCACUAAUGGGAGUUUUAAUGACUGAUGUUGUAAGUUCUGAAUUCAGAAUAAGAACUGUUUUGUCGACUAGGAUAAUAAGACUGAUGAUGAUACUGAUGAUAACAUGUUGGGACAUUUGUUAUCUUAGUAAUUCUUAUUUCUAAAAGUAAUUUGAUGGAUUGUUUAUGAAAAAAAUCCUUGUUAGAGCUCAGGAAUGGUCAUAGUGGUACAGAUAUAAAUGUAUUUUCAGGCAAGACUGUUUGCCAUGAUUGUAUCACUCACCCAGAAGUUGUGUAAAUGACACCCAUGGCCAGUUAACCUUCAGGGAAGCUUGAAAUUUGAGCAAGGUUUUACAUGAUGGACUAGCAUCCAAUGGUGAAGGGAUAGUGCUCAUUACAAGAAUGUCCUAAUUCCCUUCUGCUAUGAAAACUGGGAUAGACUCUGACUUGGAGUCUACCAGUAAUAUUCUUGUAAGUCUUAACCUAAAGUUCACCAUCCCUCUUAUCUUGUUCACUUUUAUUUUUUCAAGAAUACCUGCUGGUAAGCGCGCUGGUGCUGUUAAGGUACAAUCCAAGGGAUUUUUUUCUGGAGCUAAGGUUACUCGAGGAAGAGACUGGAAAUGGGAUGACCAAGAUGGGGGCGGUGGUAGGAUUGGUACAUUGACUGAGAUCACUGCUUGGAGUAAUGUGGAGAGGGCAGGAGCUAAAGUCAUCUGGAAUAUACUUAGGAAUAACACAUACCGAGCAGGAUACCAAGGAUCAGUAAGGAUUAUUCAGCCUUUUAGUCUUUGAUAGGCUUUCGGUCUGGGGAAAACUAUUGUUUGACUUGUAGUAAUAGCCCCAAGAAGAACCAGUGAUUGCACGAGGGCCAGAAAAGAGUGGGUUCACUUUGCCCUUACCUGAUCACCCUGACUAAAAGUCUGGCAAAGUAUAAUGUUUUAAAAAAAACAUGUUACCUAAGUUAAUGUAUUAAGGUAAUCAAAAUGUCUUUAACCCUUUAACUCCCAACACCCAACAUCUGAUUGUUAAUUCUCUUCUCUAGCUGUUAUACAUUUCCUUUUGAAUUAGUUAGGAGAAUUUGGCAUCAGAUCAAGACAACAACUUCCAUAUUAUAAGUUUCAGUAUUCACAUUACUUGUUUUCAAGAUGAUGCAUGAAUAUUAUAGGAAGAAGUUACAUUUUAAUCACUUCUGGUGGUUAAAGGGUUGAGUUACUAUAAAUUUCUUUCCAUUCCUUCCCAUCUGCACUAGGACUUACAGUUGACUUGCUGGUGGUGUGCUUUUCCUGUGGUGCUUUAAAACUUAAUUGGACAUUACACUGAUUUAAUGAUGUACAGCUGGGGAGGAGGAGGGUACAUUUUUAUGCCAAAAUGAAUUUAAGAAUCAAUGCUACCCUUCUUUAAUGCAUUUUUGCAAUAGGUUAUUAAUAUUAUCAUGGUAGGUAGGUUCUAUACUUUUAGAUUCAAAGCCAGACUGCAUGGAGUUGUGAUCUACCAUUUGAAAUGUUUAAAUAUGAGGAAUUUCUCAUUUCUUUGGAGCUGUAUCCUAAUAAUUGCUGGAUAUGUUAUGUUUAAGGUUGACCUCAAAUGUACAACUCCAGGAAAUGGCCCACACUACUAUCGUGAUUGUCUAGGGAGAGUUGGUGAUAAACGGCUUCAGAGAAACCGAUUGAGGGUUGGAGACAGAGUCAUUGUGAACCUUGAUGUGGAGGUGCUUAAAGCAAUGUCCCAAGGGCAUGGCGGCUGGGUUGAUGGUAUGGGACAGGUAAGAUUGUAAUAUUUCCUUUAAUAUGAUUAUGGUCUUGCUGUAAAUACUCUAUGCAAUUUCAUUUGUUUUUAAUUAAUUUAGUUUUAGUUAUAUAUACUUUUUUUUAUUAUUGUAUUGUCCCUGUAAAGCCCUCAUGGAGAGAGGUCAAUAAAAUAAUGUAUUGCAGUGUUGAUAUGAUUUUUCUGAGUGGUUUGUUUAUCUAUUUACUCAGUGCAUAGGAAAGGUGGGUAAAAUACAUAAAAUAGACGAUGAUGGUGAUGUCCACAUCAGGUAUGGGCUCCAGUCAUGGGUAUUCCAUCCAGAUGCAGUCACCAAGGUAACUACAUGAUAAAUGCCCCAUUCACACAAGCAAGACAUGUUCCAUUAAACCAAUUUUACUAAAUAAAAAUCAGUUAUACAAAACUGACUGACUAAAUUUUACAAAGUAUUCACGAAAUCACUAACUUUCUAUUUUCAUUGUGCUAACUUUUAAGUCCACAAACAUCAGUUUAAGCAGCCUUGAUAUUUACAAAAUUUUCAAACAGUGUUUGGCAAAAGGCUUUUUAAAAUACGUUUUAGCUUUGGUGUGAUUAGAGAAUAAGUUUAAGUCGAUGGAAUCUAGAACUAUCUCAUAUGGUAAAAGAUCAGCUAGCUGCUCUUCGGAAAAUCAUGUUUUUGCCCAAACGGCCGAGAACGCGGGUGAAUCUGGAGAUAGUGGGGAGUUAAGGGUUAAACUCUGUCUGGUUCAAAUUUCAGUGAUAAACUAAUGCAAGCAAAAGCUGGCGGAACAAGCCUGGGCUAAGUUCGCGAUAUUUGGGAUUGAUGACGUGCGAACAAAUAUAGGGUACACGUUUGACAAUUUUGUGGCUCACAUGGACGUCUGAAGAUCCGUAAUCUCAUUUUUUUUGUAAUGAAAUUCCGAAACGAUGAAAACAUGUGUCCAGAAAAAGAAAGUCAUAUAAAGGUCCUCUGUUAUUUUCUUUCAGUUUUGUAUUGGUGAUACCUUUAAGCGUCAUAGCAUGUUGUCUCAGGUGCUGAGUACCAGUAGUAUUAACAAAUUAGUCUCAAAAUAAUUAUAUAUUUUUUUUAUUGUAAUUGUCAACCAUCCAGGCUGGAAGCGUAAUAGCAAAAUAGUCUCAAAAUAAUUAUAUUUUUUUUUGUUGUAGUUGCCGACUUUCCAGGCUGGAGAUAAAGUAAGAGUGUUGAAAAAUAAGCAAGAAGUUCAGAAGUUACAACAGGGGCACGGUGGCUGGAAUGAGUCUAUGACGGCGGUGGGUAUUUUUUACAAGACUUUAAAUGUAAUAAUUGGAACGUAGGAAUAACAAUACACCACUUAACUGAUACUAACGUACAAAUUAAAACCGGGAUCGGCCAAACUAGUCUCAGGUCCCUUCCAUCGAUUGUUCUAAAUAAAUCGUCCUUGUCAGCUUUUCGAUCCGCUUGAAUGUUUGCUGUGGUUAACUAUUGUUUUGAGGACUCGAGACUUACAGUUGUUUAUUUAAUAUUGUAGGCUUUGGGUAAAGAGGGAAAGAUCUUAGAGGUGGACAGCGAUGGUGAUGUUGUAGUUGUGGUAGGAACGGAUCUCUGGCUGUUCAACCCAGCAGCUCUGGAGGAUCUGACGGGAGGGGAGGCUACGGCGCGACGGGGCGAAGUUGCAACGGGAUCUCCAGGUUAGAAAAAUGCACACCCAAAUAUGAAUUUCAAAAAUUAAAAGUGAGUUUGGUUUCUGUAAAUGUCCUACUGAACAAAGGGAAAUGAAAACUCUUGUCUGCAAAGCUUUUACUUACGGUCAAAGAGCUCACUUUUCCUUAAAACUUGUUGGCCAUUAUUAUUACUAGGCUUUGGGUUUUACGACUUUAUAACUAGUUUCUGAACUACUUUUUCUUUCCGAUUUAUUUUCUGAAGCAGACAAACUAACGGAGCUACAGGACCUUCUUAAGAUGAUGUUAGUAGAGGCGACUAUGAAAAGUGGAAGUGAUCCUGGAGACAGAUUAGUGAACGCUUCAUCAAAUGGAAACCUACAGGAAGUCCGGGAAAUCCUGGAAGCAAAUCCCGAUAAGGUGACGUAAUCAGCGUAUUGGUUUAAUCACGUGACAAACGGACUGUAAAUUCGCAAGCCGCUAUGAUAAACAAUUACGAGCGCAAGUUUGAUAUUCUUUUCUCCAUUCGUAGAUCAAUCAUAAAAGAGCAGGCAAAACCUCUCUGCAUGUAGCUUGUCAUCAAGGUCGAACUGAAAUUGUUAAAUACCUUGUAGGCAAAGGCGCUGACAAAGAUGUCAAGGUUAGCAUUUUAUGAUACAUACAUAUUGCCUUGACCCUUUACCUCCCAGGAUCUGAUUAUUUAAUUCUCCCCUCUAGCUGCUAGGAGUUAGAUCAGGACCACCAACCUCAACCUGAUAAGUUUGACAAUUCUCAUUGCAUGUUUGCUGGAUAAUGUACGGAUAUCAUAAGGAGAAAUUACAUGUUAAUCACUUCUGGGAGAUUAAGGGUUAAAAAAAAACUGUUAAAGUUAAAGAAACUGUGAUGCCGCAUCGGUGGGAGAGUAUAACGGGGCAAUUUAGUGUUAACAACGAGUUGAUAACGAAAAUUGGCCACAGUUAGGAGGGUCAAAUUUGACGUUUUGAGCGUUAGCCCUCAAGACAAGCUCAGGUUCGACAUCUUUUGAUAUCUUUGCAUUUUAAGGUAUUUGUGGCCUCGAUAAUUGAGCGCCCAAGUACGAAAUUAGCUUAAGCUCGGCUAUUCUCUUUACUCAUGAGGCUUUUGACAUCGUUGAUCGUAGCAAGUGCAAGAUAAGUGUCGUGUAUGACCACGGUUAUGGCUUAGCUUAGCCUGGAGAUCUCUGUAGGUCAGUGGUAGAGCAUCGGAGCGGAGAAUCCGAAUGGUUGGGUUUCAUGACGACUCCUGAAGAUGUUGAUUUUGUUGCACGCUUUUGACGGGUUAAUACACUUUUAAUAUCUCUCUUCCCUUUUGUGGUGUUAGGACGAACAGGAUUACUCAGCGUUGCAUCAUGCGGCUUAUGGGUAAGUUUGUUGCUUUCUCAAUAGUUCACGAUUCAUUCUUCGUUAAAAAAAAUCAAACCAUCUGCAUCACAUUCGCCGAUAUUCUUACGUUUAUAUUCUGUAGUUUCAAUUGAAUGCCGAAAGAAAUCAGGAUUGCUUUAGUUUUGCUUUUCUUUGUUUAGGUUUUACUUAACUUCACUGUGUCUUUGCUACGUAAAAUCGCGCCAUCCUAUCAACCAAUCAGAGGGCAAACCAUUUGUUCUUAGCCAUUCUCCUUUUUCCGCACUUCAGCCAAUUUGCUUGUUUUUUUUCUUCGAGUUCCCCUUGGCUUCCUGUCAUAUUUAUCUUGUUUUGAUUGGUCAUUGAAUUUAAAUACAGAGAUAAGAGUGGCCAGGCUGUGACAGCCAUGUUAGCCACAGGAACAAACGUCAAUGUUUGUGAUAACAAAAACAAAAGCACGCCGCUACACUUAGCUGUCAAUCAAGGAAACGAAGCUGGUGUUAGGGCUCUGCUGUUGUCAAGACACUGCGACGUCAACUGUCAGGUAAGUCGUUUGCAUUAUGCUGGCUUUCAUUUGAAAUGCAUUUACAUUGAUAAAACAUCUUAUUAGCGAGUAGUUUACAAACAAGUCGGUCCUAAACCACUUGGGGCCGAAUUGCCAUGGCUUAAUUAACUCGGACAGUUAAAACUCAGUAUCAAGCGUACACGGAUAGUUGUUAACUUCUCCUUUUGAUCUACAGGAUUUGGCCGGUGAUACAGCUCUACACGACGCUAUCUCCAAAGAAAAGAAUGGAAUUAUAGAUCUCAUUCUCAAUAACCAAAGGCUGGAUAUCACUGUUUCUAAUGGCAGAGGGUUCAACCCCCUUCAUCAAGCUUGCAUGAAAGGAAAUAAAAAGUAAGUUAUUGUAAUUGAUAGUUAAUUAGCCUUAUUUACGAUUCCCGCCAAUUUUUGCACUCACUUUGGGGUUCGAGGCUCACAACAGACUGAUAACCGAGCUCUUAAAGUAAUAUAUGCUGGCUUUACGCUGAUUUUAAAUGGUUAGACUUUCAAUUAUGAAGCGGAGUUUAAACCGUUGGCUUUGCUUUUUAAGAGACGUAAGAGAAUCUUAAGGCUAAUCGCAAACUGUAGGGAUCGGAGUCCUCAGUGCUGUGUCGUGGUCUUUGCCAUACCAGCAAAUCGGAGCCAUACCAGCAUAUUACUAUUAUUUUAUUUCAUUUCAUUUACCAGUGCUGUUGAAAAAAUCGCAAGGAAAUUCCCUGGCCUCAUUGAGAUUCCAAAAGAAGACGGAUUUAGUGCCCUUCAUCUAGCUGCCUUCAAUAACCACUUAGAAAUCGCAAAGGUUCUGCUGUUGUCGGUAUGUACUUGUUCAUCGUGAUAAGAGGAUAAAGUAUAAAGCUGAAAAUCUUUGUUCACUAUGUAGAUGCUUAUUGUGUCUUCUGGGUGGUGUUGUGGAAUGGUGCAAGAGUGUGUUUGGUGUCUUUACUGUAGUUUUGGACUUGCUGCGAAGAUUGCUAUUUGUGGUCGCGUCACAAAUACUUUGUCUUGCUUGUUCAAUAAUAGGGCCACUGUGACAUCAAUCUACGCAAUAGAAAGAGACAGACGGCCCUGGCUCUUGCUGUCUCUGAAGCUUACACCAGCAUGAUAGAACUAUUGAUUGAACAUGGCGCCGAUAUAAAUGCUGCAGACGAAGAUGGAGACACCCCUUUGCACUUGGCUGUCAUACAUCAAGCUGUUGGGAGUAGUGGCUUAAGAGGGGUACGUUUAUUCAAUCAAAAGACGCCGAGAUGAGAUAGUUUCAGUUGAUAACAAACUCAGAGUUAUCCGCAAAAGCAAUCAAACCUUUGAACGUCAUGUUUCGCGAUACACUACCACUUUACCACGGAGAAUUUCAUUCUAGGCCACUUCUACGUUAAUAUCUGACAAGUGGCAAGGAACGUAGAAAAUAAUUUUAUCGUAAAAUAGUUAAAUGAAGAAAGAAUAAACCAAAAAAUUUUUUUUUUAUUUGCGACACCGAUAUGAUAAUUUACUUUUUGUUUCGGUCAACUUUUUUUCGGUCUUUUUGUUUUACGUAGAAGUUCCUAUAACACAAGCGACUAAUAGUUGUGUCAAAUCAUUGUUUUCAUUUUAGCUCUUGCAAGGACUAGGGGUCGACGUCCCAGCCAGCGGCACAGACCAGCACACUGGCUCUGCCAUCGCUGUAUACUUAGCUCUUCAUGGGGCAGAUAUUAACUUUUACAACAACGAAGGUAAAACCCCACUGGAUAUGUGCCAAGACCCACAAACUGCCAACCUGAUUAAACAAUUUGCGAGGAAUACUCCAAGGUAACCCAGCAUUUUCUAUGAGUUCAUUAUAUUCUUUUGCGCAUCAUAAGUCUGUUUAUCAGUUUUUUUUUCAAUAUAAUUUCCAUUGCUUUCCUGCUUUCCUCUCUCUACUUACUUCCCCAUCAACAUUCCUUCUUUCUUCGUCUCCUUUCUCUCUUCUCCUUUCUUUCCCUCUCUUUUCCUCUUCCUUUUUACAAUCCUACCUUCUUCCUCCCUUUAGGCGCUCCCCCCCCCCCUCGACCCCAUCUCACCACCCUCUUCUUCCCCUCCCUCCUUUCUACCUAACCUCCUUCUCCAAUCCCUUCCCCUCCGGCUACCCGCUUACCCAUCCGCCUUUAUCCUUCCCUGGACCCUACAUUUCUUUUGCUUCUCUCCUUCCCAUCAUCCCUUACUCUCUUUCCAAACUACUUCCACGAGGCUUUAAUUGUAGAAACAACCUUUUAAGAUACUCUUUUAUUUUUCUGUCAGGCGAACAACUAUGUCGCGUCCGGCCACAUUCACUCAACCUCGACCACAGCCUGUGCGUUCAAAAUCGGGGCCUGCGCCUGCACCUACUGGUACACCUAAACGUACCCCAGUACCUCUCCCAAGGUCAACUUCAGGGCCAUCAGCGGUAAAUUAUUGGUCGUUUAUAAUUAUCUUUUUCAGUCAUUUAUUUCGUAACUAUAGUGGGAAGCGAGAGGAGCGAGAUACGGCUGUACGUUUUUCGCGCGUGUCCUACUACACGCGAGCUUUUCUUCCUCUCUCGCUCGCCUCGCAAAGGGUGGGACAAGUGUCUCUUUUACAGGAUACACUUUAGAGAACUCCUGUAUUCCUAGUUCUUCAUUCUAAACUUGUAAAAUCCACUUUUUGCUAUAUUAUAUUUCUUUUACUAACCAGACUGCAACAAGAUCUACAGCACCAAGCCAGAAGAAGAUACAAGAUAGUGCAAAAGGAGCCGAUGUGAACCGAGCCAGUGUCACCGGAACAGACUGUAUCAUCUGUACUGAAAACACUGCUACUGUCACCUUCAAGCCGUGCGGUCACAAGAUAACUUGCUCAGGUAAUAUUUAUGUCCCGUAGAUUGUUUUCAGCUCGCGGGGGACUCAGAGAUCACUUUGUUCCUCACUCGUGACAAAUGAGAUAAUAUUUCUCUAUUUAACGCCCGAGCUAAAACUUUUCCUCCGUCAUAAUCUAAUUGCACACACACAACACUUCCGACAUUCCAGGUUCCUGAUCACAUUUUUACUUCGUUCCUCAUUCGUGACAAAUCAGAAAAUUUUUUCUCUGUUUGACGCCCGAGCUCAAAAUUUUCCUCCGUUAUAAUCUAAUUACAUACACGCGACACUUCCGACAUUCCUGAUCCUGACAGUAUGUUGGGUGAGUGUCAGAAAUAAACCUAUCACUUGGCGCAGGUCACUAACGAGGUCUCUGGGCUCGGUGGUGGAGCAUCGGACCUCAAAUCUCGAAGGAUCUAGGUUCGAAUCCUUAGCUUGUAGAGGACUCAGAUUUGUUUCUUUUUUUUACCACACACACUGAUGAUUAACAUCUUCCUCUUAAGCCCUGGAUUUCUAUGUUUAUCUUUCGAUCGAUUUUGUGCAAUUGCUACCUGACUUCCUCUACACCCCGACAUAAACAUCAUCAGUCAGUCACCCCGUAACUCGUACGAAUGACUUAUACAGAAUUUCUCCUCACAAUGUCGUUACAAUAUCAAGGAGAGAAGAGACGAAAAUAAAAGAAAUAUCAGUUAGCGAGAUUAUCAGUUGAUCCAACACCAAAUUCUUCGAACUAACAUAAGAAAUGUUUAGCGGACGGUAAGGAGAAUUACCAAUGAGAUCUUGGAAUUAAAAGGGUUAAUGGUUAGUACCAUUCAUUCGUUCGUCCGUCCGUACUUACGUGCGUACGUACGUCCGUCAGUGUGUCAGUCGCCCGUCGGGAAGUCGGUCGGUCCGUCGGUCGGGUGGUCGAUUGGUUGUGAGAUUGUUCCUCUUCAACUCGAACAAGAUACAUUGAUCAAUGUUUUAAUUACAUCGAACACUUAAUUGUUCAAGCAAUGUGUUUUUUCUUGAUGGGGAGUAACACUCCCUGAUUAAUAUUUUCUGUUUACUUGCCCGGCAGGUUGUUCUCUCAAAGCAAAGCGUUGCCUUUCGUGCAAUCAGGAGAUUCAGCAAAAAAUUGCAGCAGGUAUUUUGUUUCGUUCUUUAAUUUUCCUUUAAUUGUUUGCUUUUGUUGUCGUCUCCUUCCAACUUCUCAUGUUAAACAAAACUUUGAUGUUAGAUAGGUUCGUGUUUUCCUUUCCCCUUUUCAUUAAUAACUGUUUUACUGAGGACUUUCCAGUUGCACACUAUGCACAACCGGGUUGGGGGGGGGGGGUUUAACAAUUUGAGGGGGGGCUGCGGAAGUUUCGUUCUGGAGUCACGAGUUGUUGUGAGUCGGUGGUAGAAUUAGCAAAAGGCUUAAUGUAAAAAGCUUGCAAGCUCCCUGUGAUAAGCUUGCAUUCCAUGCAGUAGAUAUGCAAUAAUCAUAGUCGCUUUGUGGUGACAGACGGUCUGGGGAUGAGCAGGCUGAACUGCGGAUCUAGAGUUCUGAGCUCGAGCCCAGCCUGUUUCGUUCUAUUCGCUCUUUGGCAAGACUCUAUGUAUUCCCAGUGCCCCUCUUUACUCUGGAGAUUAAUUGGCAGCCUGGAAGCUACAAAGAAACCUGGAGAUAAUUUGCUGUGGACCAGCACGCCAACUUGUAACAGUAUCAAUACUCUCAGUCGCUUCAUGCUACAGAUAGCGAGAUAUGCUCCGACAGGAAUUCGCUUUUACGCUCUUCACCCGUGUCUGAACCGAUUUUCUGAAGUGAUCUUUUAAUUGUGUUGCAGAAGGCGCGCCAAUCAAUGCACCAACCUUGAUGGACUCAACAGACGACCAAGAUCGGGUGCGUUUUCUUGAAAAUCAAUUGCGCGCCAUGCAAGACGACAGACAAUGCCAUAUAUGCUUUGAGAACGAUAAAAAUGUGGUGUUUUUAUGUGGACACGGAGCGUGCAAGGAGUGCUCUGAGAGACUGACGGUUUGUCAUAUCUGCAGGUUAUCUAUUCAGAAUAGAAUACAAACUUACUGAGUUUACAUGUUCGAAAUUAUUAGGCAAUUCUUGUAACUUGCCUUUUAUGCCAGUAGUUAGGAUAAUGUAGAGCUUUGAGCAUUAGUUGCGUUAACGGGAAGCAAGUUGAAGUUCAAAAUGCGUAAAGGCAACGGCAUGGUCGGUAGAGGGUCUCAAUAGGGUGAUGGCUUUUACGGCUGACGGUUAAGACCGGCCAUUUUUCGUCUAAAAGUUAACUUCUUUUCGUUGCUGUUAACUUUUUCUUUAACUGACGAUUAAAAAAAUUGGCCAUUGUACGUGUAACGCUUAAUUUCUUUCCGCUGCGGUUAAGAAAAACAUUUUAUUUUUAAUUUUUCAGUUUUUACGUCUAACAUCUUUUUUUUUUUUUGUUAUCCCAUUGAGACCCCUUUCAUAUAAAAGUACUUCAACAACAAUGACAUUUGUAAAGUGAGCUUUUUCGUUUCAUUAUCCUCUCGAAACUACAGCUCCUGUUACGCAUGCGCUGAAAACAUCGCUUAGUUAAUUGCAUAGGCUAUUAUUAUUUGAGAGAAACGUUUGCCUCCCUUACCACGUACCCAGGGCUACUGCAGCUGUUCAUGGUGCGCUUUGACUUGUGGGAUUCAUUUUAACGUCCUUGCUAUUAAUCAGUCGAAUACUUAUGUAUUUUCCCGUGGUGUGGGAACAAUGGAGACACAGACCGCAACCUACUGUUAAUUAUAAUGGGGGAACUAAUGAGAUUUCAAAGUAAAAACAAGUAAGGCGCGGGCGACCAAGUCGUGAUUGGCCAUAGUUUUGAAUUGGAUUGGCGAAUAAAAGAGCCUAGUAAAGCAAAGCCAAUGCAAUCCAGUAUUGGAGCAGUUUUCAGUUGAGUUUCGAAAGCCAAAACGUAAGUAAUCACCGUUGCCAAUCGCAACGAAAGUCGACAUCAUCAUUAGCCAAUUUACACUCAGAGUAAAAACAGGCAAACUGCACGAAACGCGGAAAAACGCGGGCGGCCAAAUCAUGAUUGGUUUUAAUUUGAAAUCCGAUUGGUCGGUAAGGUGGAGAAAGUAAUUCUGGUCCAAUUACAGAGCGAACUGAGUUAGGCAAAAUCAAAGCAAUCGUGGUAAACUUUCGUACGGCGAUUGAAAACUGCUCUACUUUUGGCACUUAAUAUAACAUUAAUCUAAUUACGUUGACUAGUGUUGAGACAUUUAUCUUUUCCUGGAAGUUAUGUAAUAUUAAUACUCAAAAUUGUAGGUGCACUAAGGAAGAUCUCGAUGCGUUUCACAUGGAGAAUUUGAUAACUUAAGUUUACAAAAUUUAAGGGUAAGAAGAGUAGCUUAAUAAACAAUUGCUGAAGCGCCAUCCAGGCCUCAAGUCCAAAACUUUUCCGUGUGUAUCUGUUCUCUUCUCCAUUUAAAAAAUUUCACAACUACGUGCGCCUAGCGACGCUUAUAUCAUGGUCAAAUCGCUUUUACUGAAGCAAGCAAAUGGGAUGUACGUUCAACACAACUCAAUAACAGAUCAACCUUCUCGUUUUUACCAGGCUGCAACAUUCCCCGUGGCUCGAGUGUGAAUAAGUAAACAAGAAGAAAUUCUACGAGAUCAAAGUUGCGAUGCAUUUUGGUAACUUUUCUGUUUGACAACUCAGUGAGUGAUUUCUGAUCGACAACCGUUGAGCUUAAUACCAGUCGCGAGAGGAGAUAACGCCAUAGUUAACGAAGGAAUGACCUCAUCCAUCUGGAAAAAGAGCUUCUUCCCAGUCGUCUGUGGAAAAUGUUUCAGAAUUUUUUAAAAAGAAAUCUGAGGUGGCGCCUUACUGUUCCUACGGUUCCUACCUUAUCUUGUUUUGCUAACAGGGGAUCACUUAUUAUU